AUGGGCUCUGGAAUUGAGAAGUACGAUUUUAUUAUCGUCGGCAGCGGGCCUGCCGGCGCGACGCUGGCCUCGCGACUGUCGCGGACGGCGGCGGCACCGCGCGUGCUGCUGCUCGAGGCGGGCGGGCCGAACGCGGUGCCAUCCAAGCUGUACCUGGCGGACCGGUUCACGACGCUGAUGACGGACGGGAUGAACUGGGGGUACAAGACGGUGCCGCAGGAGCACCUGAACGGGCGUGAGGUCGACUACUCGCGCGGCAAAGGGCUGGGCGGGUCGUCGGGCAUCAACUUUGCGUGCUACACGGUGGGUCCCCGCGACGACUACGAGGAGUGGGCGGCGCAGGUGGGCGACGAGGCCUACGGCUGGGAGGCCGCGCGCCGCCGCUACGACGCGCUCGAGGCCUACGACAUCAACGUGCCCGAGAAGUUCAGGAGGUUCAUCGACCCGAAGAAGAGCGCGCACGGCGACAAGGGCCCGCUGCAGAUUGAGUUCGCAAAGGGCUGGGAGUGGAGCAUCGAGGAGAACUUCCAGGCCGCCGACCAGGCCAUCGGCCUCAAGCCCAACCUCGAUAUCAACUCGGGAAACCCCAUCGGUAUCGGUGUUGUGCCGGCAACGUCCAAGAACAGCAUCAGGAGCACGUCCAAGACGGCCAUGCUGGAGAAUGCGCCGAGCAACUUGACCAUCCUGACGGACAAGCCGGUGGAGAAGGUCGUGUUUGAGGGCAAGAAGGCCGUGGGUGUGGUGGCCAAUGGAGAGACUUACCUCGCCUCGAAGGAAGUCGUCCUUUCCGCCGGUGCUCUCGACACGCCCAAGAUCCUCCUCCUCUCCGGCGUCGGUCCUUCGGCCGAGCUGUCCAAGCACUCGAUCCCGCAGGUGCACGAGCUGCCCGGCGUGGGACAGAACCUGCAGGACCACGCGUUCGUGGCGCUGGUCAAGGAGUUCCAGUCGGGCCUGAACGGGCGGCCGCAGCUGUUCAACGACGCGGAGAAGCUGGAGGCGGCGCGCAAGCAGUUCGCGGCGGACCAGACGGGCCCGCUGUCGGUCUACUACAACACGCUGCUGAUGGGCUGGCAGCAGGCGCCCGAGGUGCACGCGAGCGCCGAGUUCGAGGCACUGCCGGACAGCGUCAAGUCGCACCUGCGCAAGCCGACGGUGCCGACGUUCGAGCACAUCUGCCUGUGCCCGGCCAUCCACCCGCUGGCCGACCCCAACGGCGAGUUCCUGAGCAUCCUGUCGAUGCAGAUGGCGCCGCAGAGCACGGGCACCGUCACCCUCGCCAGUGCCGACCCGCGCGCGCCGCCCCGCUGCGACCCCAAGCUCUUCUCGCACCCCUUCGACCGCCGCAACAUGAUCGAGGCCGUACGCCGCAGCUGGCGCGUCAUGGAGGCCGAGCCGCUCGCCCGCCACGUCGUCGCCGACACGGCGUUGCCCAAGGACAAGAGCGACGACGAGAUCUGGAAGUACAUCCAGGCCUACUGCGGCACCACCUGGCACAUGACCGGCACCGUCAAGAUGGGCAAGCCCGAGGACCCCGCGUCGUGCGUCGACUCGGCCUUCAAGGUCAAGGGCCUCGAGGGCCUGCGUGUUGUGGAUAACUCGGUGCCGCCGUUCGUGCUGAACUGCCACGUCGUGAGCGUGGCCUACUUGGUCGGCGAGACCGCGGCCGAGAAGAUGAUUGCCGAGUAUGGGUUCUGA